CUCUCUCUCUCUCUCUCUCUCUCUCUCUUGCUGUCACCGUAAAACCAAACCAUCCCUUCCCCUGUCACGGUAAACCACUAACUCUGGCUUCUGUAUCCGGGGACUCUCUCGCUGUUCCCAUCAAAAUGACUGCCGACGAACUUCUCAGCAUCGAGCCUCAAGAGCUCCAAUUCCCUUUUGAAUUAAAGAAGCAGAUCUCGCGUUCUCUACAGUUGCGAAAUAAAAGUGACAAUUAUGUUGCUUUUAAGGUCAAGACAACAAAUCCAAAGAAGUAUUGUGUUAGACCUAACACAGGAGUUGUGUUGCCAAGGCUUUCCUGUGAUGUUAUAGUCACAAUGCAAGCACAGAAGGAGAUGCCACUUGAUAUGCAAUGCAAGGACAAGUUUUUACUUCAGAGUGUAAUUACAAGUCCUGGAGCUACAGCCAAGGAUAUCACUCCAGAGAUGUUUAAUAAGGAGGCGGGGCAUGUAGUUGAAGAGUGCAAAUUGAGGGUUGUUUAUGUUGCUCCACCUGGACCACCGUCACCGGUGCGUGAAGAAUCAGAGGAAGGUUCUUCUCCCAGAGCUUCCGUGUCAGAUAAUGGGAGUUUUAGCACUUCCGAACAGUCAGCUGUUUCAAGGUCUUAUGUCCAGAGACCACAGUCUGAAUAUAACUCGCCUGAGGCAAAGGCUCUCAUUUCCAAGCUGACCGAGGAGAAAAAUUCUGCUGUUCAGCAAAAUAAGCUACUUCAGAAAGAACUGGAGCAGUUGAGGCAUCAUUCCAGCAGAAGUCGAGGAGGUAUCCCUUUCAUAUACACCAUUCUUGUUGCCAUGGUAGGCAUCAUUUUGGGGUACCUCAUGAAAAGGACAUGACCAGUGGAUCUGCCUAUCAAUCCUUCUGCCUCGCGUAACUGGGUUGAAAUGUAGAAUACUGAAGACAUUAGAUGUGUGAUUGAUAGAAUGUUACUCCUUUUUACUUUAUUGGUUGUAUCAAACCCUAGGGAGCACAUGUCAAAUGUGACUGGUGGGGAGGAGCUGCUGUCCUUUUCAUUACCCUCACCAGAAAUUGACAUUAAGAAAUUGAUUGUAAGUGCCGACUCUAGAUUGCUCGAUUGUGUGACCA